GGAGGAGAGAAGACAGGAGAGUGAGCUUGAACUGUGGGUCUAAGUGUGAAUUCCUGACAGUCUGUCUGACAGCAGCUAUAAAACCUGCUGGAGUGAGCGGAGCAAGCAGUGAAUGGGGAAGGCAGCUCUGGUGCUAGGAGAAAGGACAGGUAGACUCACUGCCAGAUAUAAGACAGAUACAACUGCCCUCUAUUUAGACUGUAACUUGCCAUUCAGCCUGCCCUGUGUGUGCCAAGCAACCCUUGCCAGACUGAAGUAACUUGAAGCUUGUAUUUGUGUGAGUUUGAGGCUACCUUUGGCCCUGCCAUUCAGCAGAGUAUCUGACAUUAUUCCCCUGAAACUCAUACUGCCACUAAGAUUGUCAGCCCAGUGGUCAACCGUUUGCACCUCUUCUGACCGGUGUCCUGCUCUGGCCACUGAACCACCAGUCACACUGGGAAUAUCACCAGCAGCCCAAGACCCCACCAGACUCUUCCAGUCAUGAGAAUUACUAAGCGGAGCUGGAAGUCACUCCUUUUUGUCAGAAAAAGCCUUGGUCCUGCAUGGAUAUUUUUUAUUUUAAUUGGAAACAUUGCUUUUACUGUAACACAGGACACCUCUCAGACUUCCAAUAGCCUGGAAGAAGGGGCAGAUAUAACGACAUUCUGGUGGGGUGAAUGGACCAAAUGGACUGCUUGUACACGGACCUGUGGAGGAGGAGUCAAGUCACAAGAAAGACACUGCCUCAGGCAAAGGAGGAAAUCCUUGAGUAGUGCCGCAAACAAAACCUGCACCGGAACCUCUAAACGAUACCAGCUUUGCAAAGUUCAGGAGUGCCCGACCAACGGGAGAAGUUUCCGAGAGGAGCAAUGUACGUCGUUUAAUUCCCAUGUGUACAACGGAAAAACCUAUCAGUGGAAACCACUGUAUCCUGACGACUACGUGCACAUCUCCAGCAAACCUUGCGAUCUCCAGUGCACCACCACCGACGGGCAGCGGCAGCUCAUGGUCCAAGCCAGAGAUGGGACGUCUUGCAAGUACAGCGAGUACCGAGGGGUUUGUGUGUCUGGAAAAUGUGAGCCAAUUGGAUGCGACGGAGUCCUGUUCUCCACCCACACCCUGGAUAAAUGCGGGGUUUGCCAGGGAGACGGGAGCAGCUGCACUCACGUCACUGGGAAUUACAGAAAAGGAGCUUCCCAUCUUGGUUACUCCUUAGUAACGCACAUUCCUGUCGGGGCGAGAGAUAUUCAAAUUGUGGAGCGCAAGAAAUCUGCGGAUGUCCUAGCCGUGGCUGACGAAUCGGGAAACUUCUUCUUCAACGGGAACUACAAAGUCGACAGCCCGAAAAACUUCAUCAUCGCGGGGACGGUGUUCAAGUACCGGCGGCCCAUGGACGUGUAUGAGACGGGAAUCGAGUACAUAGUUGCCCAAGGGCCGACCAACCAAGGUCUCAACAUCAUGGUGUGGAACCAGAACGGGAAGAGCCCAUCGAUUACUUUCCAAUAUACCCUGCAGCAGAAGCCCCACGCCAGGGUCGCCCAGCCCGUCUACUACACCUUCUCCGACUCCGCCAGCGAGGAGAGCAAAGAGUCGGAGGAUGGGGCCCCCCGCAAUAGCAGCCACUAUAGCCCCGGGCCCAAGGGGAGGCUGAGGAGCAACGUUCUGGGCUUCCCUCGGCACGGGCCGGCCGGGCAACAAAGCCCCGUCAAGGGGCAAGAGACCAAUGAGGUGUAUGAGGGAGGGGAGAUCAUGGACUGCAAGAAAAAGGGCAAAGGCAAAACCACGAAAGAACUAAAUGCCAACAGGACGACUCAACUGGCAGAAACCGGAGACCAAGACUCCACUUACAACUUCAACUCCAAGGAAGUCCUGUCUGGCAACGCCAUUAUGAACCCGCCGGCCGGCAAAGCGUCGGACUCCAGGGAAAGCUUCCCCAACAUGACGAGGGGCUUCCUCUUCUCCCAGCGGGACCCCCUAAACUCCGUAGAACCCAAUCUAGAAACUCUGUAUAUUGACUACGAGGACAGUGACGACGCGGCGCCGUAUGAUCUAAAUGUCACCUUCCUGGAGCUGAGCGUCGAGCGGACAAACAACACUUCUGCCGAGACUCCGCUGAGCAACGCCAACGUUUCCUCCGGGGGCUCAUCCGCAAACAAGACGCAGAAAGUGAGAUUGAAAUUACUGCGGAAGGUGCAGGGGAUGAGCGCCGCGGAUAUGUACCGCUGGAAACUGUCCUCCCACGAGCCGUGCAGCGCCACGUGUACCACAGGAGUCAUGUCCAGCUACGCCAUGUGUGUGCGAUACGACGGGGUGGAGGUGGACGAUACCCACUGCGACGCCGUGACCCGUCCUGAGCCGGUGCACGAGUUCUGUGCGGGGCGGGAGUGCCAGCCAAGGUGGGAGACCAGUAGCUGGAGCGAGUGCUCAAGAACCUGCGGGGAGGGGUACCAGUUCCGCAUCGUGCGAUGCUGGAAAAUGAUCUCUCCGGGCUUCGAUAGUUCCGUCUACAAUGACUUAUGCGAGGCUGCUGACAUCACUAGGCCAGACGAGAAGAAGAUAUGCCGGAACCCAGCGUGUGGGCCCCAAUGGGAAAUGUCCGAAUGGUCCGAGUGCUCGGCUAAAUGCGGGGAAAGGAGCGCGGUUACAAGGGACGUUCGCUGCUCCGAAGACGAGAAGUUGUGCGACGUAAACACCAAACCCCCUUCGGAGAAGAACUGCACCGGCCCCUCGUGUGACCGCCAGUGGACUGUGUCUGAUUGGGGACCUUGCAGCGGAAGUUGCGGCCAAGGGAAGAUUAUCCGGCAUGUCUACUGCAAGACCGGGGAUGGGAGAGUCGUGCCGGAAUCCCAGUGCAACGCCAACACGAAGCCGCUAGCCAUUCAUCCCUGCGGGGAUAAGAACUGCCCCUCUCAGUGGGUGAGCCAGGACUGGGAAAGGUGCAACACGACUUGCGGCCGGGGAGCGAAACAACGCGUCGUCCUCUGCCUAGAAGUGGCCAACGGCAAAGUGAAGACCCGCGGCGCCAGCGACUGCGAUCUCGCCAAGAAACCCGCCGAAGAGACCACCUGCUUUGAGAGGCCGUGUUUCAAGUGGUACACUACCCCCUGGUCAGAGUGCAGCAAGACGUGCGGCGUGGGGGUUCGGAUGCGAGAUGUCAAGUGCUACCAGGGGACGGACAUUGUGCGCGGCUGUGACCCUCUAGUGAAGCCUGUGGGGAAACAAACCUGUGACUUGCAGCCGUGUCCCACGGACCCACCGGAUGACAGCUGCCAGGAUCAGAUCGGGACCAACUGCGCUCUGGCAAUCAAAGUUAACCUGUGCAGCCACUGGUAUUACAGCAAAGCCUGCUGCCGAUCUUGCCGCUCCAGCCCCUCCUAGUGGGGGGUACGACAGCCAUUUUACAGGGGUAACUUCUAUAUACCUAGCGGCAGCAAGCCCCAGGGACAAAGGGGGGACGCAUCGAGCAAAUAUGGGGAAUAAGGGAGGAAAAAAUUAAACAAAAUGGCCGCCGUGACGGAUUCCGGCAUCAUUAUGUGCCAAUCGGAACCAGAAAUAUAGAACCCAACCCUGAAUUAUUCAUCCCGCAUUAUAGUUAAUAUAUUCCAGAGAAUUCAGUCUUCGUAUUGCGACUGUUUAUUCAAUAUAUGUUUGGCCAUGGUUUGGGGGACACCCUGAGAAUACUGUUUGGAAAAUACUGUAUAUUGCUUUAGUUAUUGGACUCUACACAAAUAAACAUUCCUAGUUUGGUUGUGGGACCAAGAGGGAGGCUGAGCUUCUGGGUCGGCCAACGUUGGGCGGGGUUCUGACGGUGUAACUUGACGCUACCUCUGUAAGCAAGUGCAAUUAGACAGGGCAUAUUUGUAUUUAUACAUAUGGGUAGGGGGUGCCAUAGUGUUUCCCUUAGACAGUACA